UCGUGCUCAUUCACCUGUGACGGUGCUAAAGAAAGCACGAGUAGAUAUAAGUUUAAGGCAAACAUGUCGAAUUUGUACAUGUGCAUUCAUGUCCCCGGCUAGCACUGGACACGACGUCACUACAUAGUUAUAUCAUGGUCAGAGCUGAGUCUGUACAUUACUGAGAACCUGUGUCUGACUGUCUCCUUCAAUGAUCAGGUCUGCUAUGGCAGGGGAGGUUGCGGUAGACAUCGGGGACCAAGAUAGUCCCCCGUCUCUAAUGGAACAGUUACGUAUACACUACAAGUACAAAGGCAAAAGAACUGACAAACGUCACAAACGAAACGUUAAGAACGCGGUACGGUGGCUGGUUGCAUUCCAGGCUCCCUCACAGCUCUACAUGCUUCAUGCUUACCUCAUAGCCUAUCUGUUAGAGGACUACGACGAAUGGACACAUUAUUAUCUCAAAGUCCUGGUCACUUACGGCGCCAUACAGAUAGUCGCAAAUUACUUGUGUACAAUCCUUUACGAUACAAGACUCGUCAAAACUAGGGAUAGGCCCGACCUACCGGGAGUGUCCGACCGCUGGGACAAUCCACCCGAUCAGUUUGUGUCGCUACAUACGGACAAUCAGAACGGAUCUGCUGUUCCGAUUCAGCCAGACGAUGCCGACGAUUCUGGAUUUGAAUGGAAAUACUGUGAAAGAUGUGAAAUGCACCAGCCACCUCGCACUCACCAUUGCGAUAUAUGUGAAGCAUGCAUUCUGAAGCGCGACCAUCAUUGCUUCGUUGUGGGAACUUGUGUUGGUUUUAAAAACCAGAGAUAUUUUGUGGUGUUGACAUUUUACGCUGUGAUAUAUGGCAUUUUCGGAGGGUUUCUUCAAUUCAAAUAUCUACAGCAGAUGUACUAUCCCGUUAGCUAUGCGUGGACAGACUUUAUACCUCCAGUCGCGUUCUACCGCUGGUUGUUCGGGCGCGUGGACGCCAUGUCCCUACAUGUAUGUAUCAUGAUAUUUCAUGUUUACCUGGAGUUCCUUUACGGGAUUAUCGGCUUUAUAUAUUUCACCUCACAAAUGAUGAUGAUUCCGCGGGGGAAAACGUUACACGAACUGAAGAAAUUCAUUCCAAUUCGAAACUUAAAUAGUAUUAAUCGUAACUUUCGCUCCGUAUUUGGCGAUUUCUGGGUUUUGAAUUUCUUUUUCCCAAUGCAGGUGAUAUUUCCUCAGACAGACGACGGUAAAACAUGGGAAGGUGUCAAACUUGAUCAUAAUGCAAAUCUUCAGCCGAAAACUAACUAAUUACAACGAUAAUAUAAAAUAUAAUUUCUUUUGAUGUCACAACAAUUAACUUAUACAGUACUGUUGAUUUUAUUAAAUUUCAAACAGAUUAUCAAAAAAGCAUAGUGGAUUUUAUUUAUUUAACCUCACUCAGAGUUAUAAUGGGAGUACAGUAAAUACAGAUUGAUGGCAGGUACCGCCGAUUAAGCAGAAGACGCUUUCCCUUCAGGAACAUCUGGUCUGAUUCUUUGUUAUGCCAUAUGCUGUGUUAAAGUGUACCCUGAGCGUUUUGCUAUAUUAAGCUUUGAAAAUACUCUCAUAUAAUACAAUAUAGGGCUAAGAAAGUGAGAACGUCGUAGUUGACUCCGUUUCCGUUAUUCCGUCUUUGCAUAUUGCA